CGUAAAAUUGUACACAAAUAUACAUAUGUACGUACAUAUAUUGUACAACCGUAAACAUAAAAUCUAAGCUAAACCAAAAACGAGGGAAGAAAGAAUAAAUCAUUUAAAAACAAUACACAUUUAUUGAAUUAAACAUGUCCGAGGAGAAGUUUGAAAGUCCAAUCGAUAAAGUAGACGAAGCGCAAACUGAAUCUAUUGAAGAUAAGAUAAAAAUAAAAUCUGAUGAUAAAAGUAAACAGAAACAUAAACAGGAAGAGCUCAGUGAAAAAUCUAAUGGUCGCAAUAACAAUGAAAAUGGAAAUUGUUAUUGCGGGAAAGAAAGAAAUCUGAAUAUUGUAGAAUUGUUAUGUGCUAGCUGCUCAAGAUGGUUUCAUGAAUCUUGUAUUGGAUAUCAAUUGGGUAAAUUAGUACCCUUUAUGAUGAACUACAUAUUCAUGUGCAAAAAUUGUUCUCCCACUGGUUUAGAAAGUUUUAAAAAGAAUCAAGCACCAUUUCCACAAAUGUGUGUAACUGCAUUAGCAAAUCUAUUGCAAAUGUCUCAGAAAGACAAUGAACAAAGAACACUUUUUCAUAAAGAUAAAGAUAUUAUUCCUUUCAUUGAAUGUCAUUGGGAUAGUAUGACUACAAUGCCACGUAGAGUCACUCAAUCUUGGCAUGCCACUAUACAUAGAGCACUGUUAAAAGAUGUUGGAACAUUAUUUGCAAUUGAAGAAACUGGUCCAGAUGGUCAAUUAUUUGGACUUAUAAGUUCUGAUCUUCUAAUGAUUAAACCAAAUUAUGAAGCCAUGAUUAAGGGUGGUCAUUUAAAAGUAACUGAAAUGGGCGUUCAACAUGUUGUGCCACUUAGUGGAGGACUUCGUGGUCGCAAUGCAAAACGUAAAUUUCCUGGAGAAGGGGCAGGUACAGGACCUGGUAAAAAAGGGAGAGGUUCAGAUAUGGCAGCUCCCAAGUUACCUGCCCAUGGAUAUCCUCUUGAACACCCUUUUAAUAAAGAUGGAUACAGAUAUAUUCUUGCUGAACCUGAUCCUCACGCACCAUUUAGACAGGAAUUCGAUGAGAGUAGUGAUUGGGCUGGGAAACCUAUUCCAGGAUGGCUGUAUAGAGGUUUGAGUCCUAGUACAGUUUUACUUGCAUUACAUGAUCGAGCUCCCCAGCUCAGAGUUUCUGAAGAUAGACUUGCAGUCACUGGUGAAAAGGGCUAUUGCAUGGUCAGGGCCACACAUAAUGUAAGUAAAGGAACAUGGUACUGGGAAGCAACUAUUGAAGAGAUGCCAGAGGGUUCUGCUACUAGGUUAGGAUGGGGUCAAGAAUAUGCUAAUUUACAAGCUCCACUUGGUUAUGAUAAAUUUGGAUAUUCGUGGAGAUCUAGAAAAGGUACACGGUUCCAUGAAAGUAGAGGUAAACAUUAUAGUAACAGUUAUGGAGAAGGUGACACUUUAGGGUUCCUAAUAACUUUACCUGAUACACAUGAUGCUUCACACUUACCAAACACAUAUAAAGAUCGACCUUUAGUAAAAUUUAAAAGUCAUCUUUACUAUGAAGAAAAGGAUCAAGUACCUGAAGCACUUAAGGCUCUAAAACCUCUAGAUGGUAGUAAAAUUACAUUUUAUAAAAAUGGUGUAAAUCUAGGUGAAGCUUUUAUUGAUAUCAACAAAGGAGCUUAUUAUCCUACAAUAUCCAUUCAUAAAAGUGCUACAGUUUCAGUAAACUUUGGACCAAAUUUUAAAUGUCCUCCACCUGACAUCGCUUUUAGAGGGAUGCAUGAUAGAGCAGAAGAAGCAAUUGCAGAACAAUCUAUGGCUGAUAUACUUUAUUUCACUGAAAAUGAGGGAAAGUUAAGACUGGAUACUUUUGCUUUAUGACAUUAAUGUAUUUUUUUAUUUCAUUUUAUUCUUAAUUCUAUUUUUAUUAAAUAUUUUUAACAAUACACAUUAAUUUGAAUUCAUGAAUUUACAAUUGAAGAAUACACCUAAUUUGGGGUACUAUACGUGAUUUGAGCAUGAACA